GCAGACAAUUCUCAAUACCCACCAGGCAUCAACCAGUAAAGACAUCUGCAAAUUUCCUCCGGUUCCUCCCACCUUCCUUUUCCACAAAAUUAAGUUUUGUGUCCCCACACCUCCCUCUAAUACUUAGUAACUUAAAUAGAUGCCCAAAACAACCAUAAACUCACUGACUUCCCAAAACCUAAUAACCCCAUAGAGAGAAGAAGAACAUAUCAAGGAGAGCUAGCUAGCCAUGGCUCCAACAUCCCAAACUAUCCUUCCCCUCAAUGAAAAUGAUUCACAAGAAAUGGUCCUAUAUGAAGUCCUCAAUGAGGCCAACACCAUUAUAAACCCCUUCUUGCCUCCAAGAAACCAAGCGACGAUUGUGCGAAACGCUGCCCUGCGACCGGUUCAUGCCAUAGGGCAGAAGCACUACAGAGGGGUGAGGCGUCGGCCAUGGGGGAAAUACGCGGCUGAGAUUCGUGACUCAACCCGCCAUGGUGCGCGUCUAUGGCUUGGCACUUUUGAUACGGCUGAAGAGGCUGCCAUGGCUUAUGACAAAGCUGCUUUUAGAAUGAGAGGUGCCAAGGCACUCCUGAACUUCCCUGGUGAAAUAGUUGCAAGCUCGCUAAAUGGCAAUCCGGUGAACGAGUCUCCCGCUACUACUGUAAGGUCUACAGAAGGUCAUACAGACGCAAAUUUAGCCUCACAUACAGAAAGACUUUUUCCACAAAUUGCAGCCUCGACACAAGGAUUUAAUACAAAUUUGAGCUCAAAGACCUUGCUGAUCAAUCAUAUACCCAGUUCUAGUGGCAGUUCUAAUGAGAUUUCAAGUGGAACUGCUAGAUCUGAAUCAGAGGAUAAACAUUGUGGUAGUUCACAGGAUUUGGAAUCAGAUUGCCAAGAGAGUUUGAUAAAGGUGCUCUGAAAUAUUUGCAUGGAAUUUGAUUAACCUUCGUGGCUGCUAUGCACUUGCAGAUGAAAAACCAAACCAACGUUAUGACCCAAUCAUUUGGGAUCGGUUAUAUGAAUCCGUCUUUGUCAUUCAUUUCGGUCAUACGCUAUACACUCAUAUAUAGCGCACUUGCAGAUGAAUCUCAAGGGGAAAUGUUGUUAUUUGUGUUUAAUUUUUCUGAUUAUUUUUCUUCAUUAUAAUGUUUGUGAGGGUGCCUUUACCAUGUGUAUAUAGGAGGUUUGAGAUAGAAAGGGUUUAUGUUGUAGCACACAGAUUAGGAUUGAGAGAAAUAUUGAAGAGAACAAAAAUUACCUUGUUUUUGUGCCAUGAAUGUUUCAAAGAUUAAAUUUGUCAAUCCU